UUUUUUUUCUUCUGCAGUAAAACCACCCGGCCUCGUUGCAAGGCUUUCACUCUAUUUUUCUAUUGACAGAAUUGAAGGGGAUUUGGUAGUACCAUUCCCGAUCGAUUUCCUCGUUAUUUUUUCCCACCGCAUCUCUUUCUUUCAUAUCAUAAUCCGCCAUGUUCAUGUCAGGCACUUCUUUAGCUGAUCUAGACCCGUCCGUAACACAACCACCUUCCACGGCCAUGUCUCCUGCCACCACGUCCAACGAGAUCGACGAAGGAUCGUCAUCGUUAAUAACUUCAAAAUCAUCCUCUACUCUUCCGUUGACCGGUAACAGUAAACGCUUACCCUUGCGAAAACGCAUGUCCAAGGAUGUGCAGCCGCAUCUACCGCCAGCGCUGAAAUGGCAACCGGUCGAAAUAUCAGAUUCUCCUUUACGCACACCUUAUCCGACACCGAGUCCACAAAAAAUCGAGAUUAUUCCCCUUCAUCAAUUACAUCAUGAGACAUAUCAGGAGAUGGCAUUCCACAGUUCGCUCGAUACCAAAACUAAUCCACCAAACCAUCCGCAGCUUGUGGAGACACAUGAUAUUCACGAAAAAACUGUCAUCUCCACCCCCAUUCCCACUUUGCCGCCAUCCACAACUCAUGUUCCCCGUCCACCACCAGCUCUGCCGCUCAACGAUAAUGCGCCAAAAGUGAAACCUUUGAAAAAAGUUCAACACUGGAUUACAAAAGGCAAGCAUCGGGAAAACGAGCCUGCUGCCGUCACUAAACCAGCGACGGGUGAAGUUGGAACGUCGCCGUCAUUCCGGGAAGAUCCUCCUCUCAAGAAACCAAGACUGGACGACCUCACAACCAUGCCUUCUGGACGUCCUACCAUUCAUCCAACCCCUCCGCUGAGCAGCCCUGAAGUUCCUGUCAAUACUCCUCCGCCACCAUCUUCUUUUCCUCGUCCUUGUCCUCCUCUCUCCAACCGAGCCAUCAACAAUACUCUUUACUGCAUUUGCCGGAAACCUUAUGAUAUUCCGCGCUUUAUGAUCGCUUGUGAUCGCUGCGAUCAGUGGUUCCACGGCGAAUGUAUUGGAAUCAGUGAAAAACAAGGUGAAUUCAUUGAUUUGUAUUUCUGCAGUGGCUGUGCCAAAGUCACAGGCAAACAGACGUCGUGGAAACCCAAAUGUAAAAAUCCAGCAUGUCAGAAACCAUCGAGAACCGGCAAGAAUUACACGCAGCGGUCAAAAUACUGCAGCGAUCUGUGUGGCGUCCAAGUGGCUCGCGCUCGAUUGGAAUUGGCGGAAAUCAAACGGCGUGGUACGUCGAUUGGAGAAGUGGCCCAACGGCCAAUAGAACUGAGCAGGAUCAUCCAACUUUCCAAAAAUCGUUUAAACUCGUACGCGGAUAAUGAUGAUCGACAGCGUCUCUUACGCGUGCGCGACGAACGCAAGCGAGCCAAAGAAGCGAUCAACACCAAUGACAGGAAAACCUCGUUUCUGAAAAUGAUUAUUCAGAAAAACAGUGAAAACCCGCCGGUGUGUGGGUUUGAUUCACGGUUAUCGUGGAUGGAAGAUGUUUGGAUGCAAGUGGUCCAAAUCCACGACGAUGCUACCGUCGCCCUGAAAGACAAGGAGGUUCCCUGUUUUACGGUGUGCUCGCAGACCGGUCGCUGCAAUAAGCAUGCCAAUUGGCAGAAACUGAAAGCGAUGGAGCUGGAACAUGAGCGCGAGGAGCAAUUCGCAAUUUUGGCUUUACUCAUGGAGGAAAGGAAACAGAUCUUGGCAAGGAUGAAAAAACGACGAGAACACGGUGAUAUUACCGAAGCGUUGAUCAAUGGAACCAUAUCCCACCCAACCUCCACUGCAUAAAGCGAUAAAAAACACCAUACCACGAUUAUUCGUUCUGAAGAUGGGAGCGCACGAAUUCUUUUCACAAGAAUCUUCACACCAUCCUAAUGGAUUGCAUGUUCACUGUAAAUCUUUUUACAAUAAACCACUGUAUGCUGAGCAUCAUCUUUUUUUGGCAUUUUUUCGUUGGAAUUUCCUUUUAUAGAUGAUCGCCUUGGCAAGUUUUAAUAUUCUCG